UGAUUAAGGGACCCCGUAUAUCAACCGACGUGCCUUUAGGAGUCUUUGGAGCUACGGGCACAGUUUACCGGCCGGACUCGAGAGGUCAACUGCUGUCCCUGGAUAUCACUUGUACGCAGUGAAUAAUCGUACACUGUGCAUGCCGCACGGUCCAUAAGGGGUGAAACCGGACACACAAGAAGGGGUUGAAGUCAACUGCUGUCUGAAAAACCAUCGAGGAUCUCGCCGCUGAAGACAUCGGGGGCUCAACUAUAGAUGUCUAAGAGAUCGGCCCAGGGCCCUCAAGGGGACAAGGACAGCGAUCUAUUUGCAUUCAACAUGUCGAGCACACCGGACGAUAAGCCGCAGCGGGCAACCGCGGCGCAGCUUGCGAACAGAAAAAUUAAAGAAGUUCGGAGGCGCCGUCCCAACAGUGCUGCUCCGAGUGCUCCCGCGCCGUCGUUUGGCGGAGGCCCUUUCGCUUCCAUCGACCCUAACACAGUCUCAUCCACACCCGCUAGUUCCCAGCCAGCCUCCAACGGAUUCACUUUCGGCCAGAGUCAGAAUCAGAGUUUCCCAGGAGCUAGUUCGGCACCCAGCCAGAACGGAGGCACUCCAUUUGCUUUUGGCUCUGGAGGGAGUGGAAGCUCCUCUUCUUCCUUCAAUUUCUCUUCUUCCUUUGGCGGUACAAGCUCAGCUAGCAAUCCAUUCGCCAGUAUGAACACUACCACUUCCGACCAGUCAUCUAAACCGGCCAGCUUCUCGGGCUUCCAGGGCUCAAUGUUUAACGUUCCUCCGGGCGGAAGCCAAUCCCCCGCUCAGCAGCCUUUGCCUUCAGGCUCAAUAUUUGGCACAUCAUCUCAGUCGAACGCUAGCACGGGUGGCCUCUUCGGUGCCAGCACAAACAAUGGCCCUUCUGCCUCUGGUGCGGCUACUCCCGCCUCAGGAAGCAUAUUCGGCCAAAACAAUGCUGCUGCUGCUAGUACACCUUCAACGAAUCUCUUCGGGCAGUCUAGCGUGAAAAAGCCGUCCCCAUUCGGUCAAUCCUCAGCUUUUAGUGGCGAUGACUCGAUGCAAACUUCCCCUGAUGCAAAGGGUGGCGGUUCCCAGGAGAAACCAUCCAUCUUUAGUAGCGCCCCUCCGGCUCAGCCCAGCUUUGCGGGCGCUGGAGGCACUUCAUUGUUUGGCGCAUCUGCUUCGUCGGCCGCAGAGACCCCUUCUAAGCCCGUCUUCGAUUUCAAGGCAACCACGCCUUCAACAUCACUGUUUGGCGGCGCUGCCACCCCUACCCCCUCUGCUUCGACACCCGCCGCGGCUGCUGCGACCACCGCUGCUCCGGCAUCGUCCUCAUUAUUCGGCGCCGCUUCCCCCGCGAAGCCCUCUACGCCAUUCCAAAAUCCUUUCCAGUCAUCGAACCUCUUCCAAACCACGCCCUCGACAUCGCAAAAGCCCACCGAAGAGAAGAAGGAAGAGCCAAAGCCUGCCGAGUCGCAGCCUAAAUCUCCAUUCCAGUUCUCUGCAUCAACCACUACACCAGGCUCUCUGUUUGCCAAGAGCGAUGCCACUGCCUCUGCAGCUCCGGCUGCUCCUUCGACUGGUUUAUUCCAGACUUCGUCUACGAAGAAUCUCUUUGAGCCUAAGCCACCUGCAACUGCAGACUCGGAACAGACUAAGGCGCCAGCAAACCCCUUUGGUGGCUUGUUUGCGAAGCCGGCGACUCCAAGCAAACCUGCAGGCGAGCAGCAGCCCCUUCCUUCCUCUUCCACACCUUUCCAGGGCCUUUUUUCCAAGCCAAGUGCUCCCAACGAUGCAGCAAAGACGAGCGAACCGGAAAAGCAGGCCACCCCUGGUCCAGUGUCAUUUACCCCUUCAAGUGGUGGUUUCUCCCAAACCUCGAAUCUCUUCUCACCCAAGCCUGCAGCAUCACCGGCUCCCGCCACGGAGACUCAAGCAACGGUGGCUUCAACUUCAGUUGCUCCCACUGCUAGUCCCGUCAAGGUCAAUGGUGCGAAGUCCACACCUCCGGUUUUCACCAACGGAAACACCACACCGUCUACCUUCGGACAGAUGCAGACUCCGAAACUGGCAGAUAAGACAACGGAUAAGAAAACUUCCGAAGAUACUGAGAUGCUUUAUCGCAUGCGCACACUGAACGAGUGCUUCCAGCGCGAGCUAGCUAAAUUGGACCCUUCGAGUCAGAACUUCGACACCGCUGUCCAGUUUUACAUGCGUGUUCGCGCCACCCUUGGCGCUUCCGUUGGUUCAAAGCGCAAGGCAUCGGGCGAAGCUGAGGAUGCUGUGACAACUAAGAAAGCUCGGCCAUUUGGUAUCCCCACGGAAAAGGCUGACACACCCAAGGAGAGCUCUACUGCUCCGGCUGUUUCUGCACAAACCUCCACACCGUUCAAGGCGUUUGGCACAAGCCAGGCCUCUCCGGCAAAUGCCAAGAGAAGGUCAAUUGAUGAUGGCGAUAGCAACAGUCCUGCUAAGCGUGUGAACGGAGACUCCAGCACUGCAAACAUAUUUGCUCAGUCAUUCUCAAAGUCCAAGACCGAGGCUGACAAGCCUGAACCUGCCGUGACCAAGCCGACCACCCCCGAACCUACUAAACCCGCUCUGUUCUCUACCACGCCAACUACGGCACCCGCCAAACCUCUGUUCUCUGUCUCAGAUUCGACUUCGAAGGGUUCGGCUUCCACCUCGCUUUUCUCGUCGUCCAUGUCUAGUGCUACCUCAGCAUCAGCCACACCUGGAACCGCUCCCAAGAAUCCCUUUGUACUGAAGCCUACCUCCAGUGACGGAUCUUCCACAGGCUCUGCAGGUGGCACAGACUUCUUUGCCCAGUUCAAGGCCCGGUCUUUUGAGGAUGCCGAGAAGGAGAAAGAGAAGCGCAAAGCCGAGGACUUUGACUCGGAGGAAGAAGACGAAGCCGAGUGGGAACGCCGUGACGCUGAGGAGCAACGGAAAAAGAAAGAGCAGUUUGGGAGUCAAACCCAGAAGCGUGCAAAGUUCGUCCCUGGUAAAGGCUUCGUUUUUGAAGAUGAGAGCAACGAGUCUCCUGCAAAGAAGGCAGAGGAGUCCUCUUCCACCACCCCCGGCGCUGGCACCGUCUUCUCAAGCCAAAACAACGCUGCAGUCAAGUCCAACAAUAUUUUUGGUCAUCUGUCGGCGACUCCAUCUGAGGCCGAAGACAAUGACAAUGACAAUGACAACGAUGCGGAUGACACCGAGGAAGCCUCCACUCCUGGCGACGAGUCCGACGAUGCGACGGAUAAUGCUGGUUCAGCUGACAAGAAGACUGAAUCUGCCGAGUCCUCAGCCAAAGAGCCCGAAGCUGGUGGUCGCAGCCUAUUCGAUCGCGUUCAGUAUGGCGAGGACGGAAAACCUAAGCGCCAGGGUGAAGAGGAGCAAAAGGGUAACGUUUCGAGUCUCUUCGGGUCCUCCAACUUCUCAUCUCCCUUUAACACUCCCACCUCCCUCACACCAGCCAGCAGUGGCGAGUCCAACCAAGCUGCGGCGAAGCCCGCGACGACCAACCUCUUUGGCGCACCGAGCACAACUAGCAGCAUCUUUGGUACACCCUUGUCUGGUUCGGGAAACAGCACCCCUUCCAUCUUCAAUGCAGCCCAAAGCGCCACUAAGUCGACUGGGGAUAACACCUGGAAGCCCGAUUCUCCGAUUAAGUUUGCCAGCGACUCUGCCAGCGCUUCAUCGUCAAAGCCGGACUCUGGGUCGGCAACACCAGCACCUGAGGCGCCCAAGCCAUUCUCCAAUCUUUUCGGAGCACCGCCUUCUCUAAACAAAUCAUCUACUUCUAAGGAUGCCCAACCGUCCCUUGGGUUUACCUUUGGUACGCCGGGGCAGUCGUCGCCGUCUGUCUUUGCUCCAUCCACACUUACUUCUGCCGCUGCCAGCCGUUCCACCACCCCCGGAGGUGCAUCGGACACGGGAGCAGAAGAGUCGGGAGACGGUGAUGGCGCCGAGUCCCUGCCUCAGGUCGAUCUUACGCGGGGCGGCGCCGGCGAGGAAAACGAAGAUCUUGUGACUGAGAGCCGGGCCCGUGCCAUGAAGCAUACAACUGGCACAGGGUGGGAGAGUCAAGGCGUUGGAUUCCUUCGCGUUUUGAAGGAUCGGACCACUUCUCGUGGGCGGAUUGUCGUCCGGGCAGACCCGAGCGGCAAGGUGAUUCUGAACACGCGCUUGAUGAAAGAGAUUCGAUACUCCGUGGCGAAGAACAGCGUCCAAUUCCUUGUCCCUCAAUCCGAAGGCCCUCCUCAGAUGUGGGCCCUGCGGGUCAAGACGAACGCGGAUGCUGAGCGCCUCUGCAAAUCCAUGGAAGAAACAAAGAACUGAGUACUGCACACUUUGAUUUCUACGACUAGAUGCGGUACAUAGGAUAUGCGACUGAAUUUACUUGAUGGACUUUGCUGGCGUCUAAAUGGCGAUGUAUUAUGGUGUGCUUUUUCUCGCUUGAUUUCUGUUUUAUAUCUACUUGCUUUUCUGCAUCAGAAGACCCUCCACCCUGCGCCGUUUUAGGUCCACGCCCUUCUCCCUUUUGUCCGUUGG